AUGCUCACUGUCGGCGGCCUGCUCGGCUCCCUCCUCUCGGACCGUGUCGUGCGCCAGCGUGGUAUUGCGGGAGGUAUCGCAGCUAGCGCGUGGAUCAACCUCGUCGGAGCGCUUGUCAUGGCUCUCGCCCCGCACUGGCUUCUCCUCAUGCUCGGAAGACCUCCACCCCGCACCGCCUUCGCUCAUGAGCAAUGGACUUUCCUUCCGACUCCCACCCCACGCCGUCUCUUCCUAGGGAUGUGCACAAGACGUGCGGAAAUACGCUUCUCGGAGCGAGUUUACGUCCUUAUUACAGCUGUACAUCCGCUCGAUCGCCCUGAAGUCACCUCCACCUCGGCGCGAACGCCGCUGACGACAGAUUCAUCGCCGGUUUCGCGUGUGGUCUCGCCAGUGUGCCUUGUGCCGCCCUAUCUCGCCCACACGGCGCGCUCGACGCCGAGCCUGGUCCAACGCUCUGGCCAGGUCGGUACGCUGCACCAGCUCGCGAUCGUGAUCGGCAUCUGCUCGGCGCAGGUGCUCGGUAUGGCGUUCAGCGGAGCAGAGGGCGAUCGGCUCAAUGCAUGGCGCUACAUUCUUUCCAUCAGCGGGAUCGUGUCCGUUGCCCAGAUUGUCAUGACGACCUCGACGGCGAAACCGGACUCGGAGGGUGUGUACGUUGCAGACGCCGGACUGACGGCAGCGGAGCCUCUUCUCGCCGAGGACCCUGAACGGCCGGCGACCCAGGCGGCGGAGAGCGACCAGCUGUCCAUUGCCGAGAUGCUCGCCUCGCCUGCCCGCCGCAAUGCGCUCUUUGUGACGGCGAUCCUUAUCCUUCAGCAGCUCAGCGGCGUGAACGCGGUCCUCUUCUACUCGACCCCGGUGCUCCAAAAGGUCCUUCCUAGCGCUGGCGCCGGCCAGAUCUCCAUCGCGAUCACGGUCGUGAACGCAAUCAUGACGUUCCCGGCCAUCUUCCUCGUCGACCGGCUGGGACGCCGCCUGCUCCUCCUCCUGUCCUCGUUCCUCAUGAUGGUGUUUGCGAUCCUGCUCGGCUGGGGUCUGAACGAGCACUUCCGCAAGAUGUCUUCGUUUGCCAUUGUCGCGUUCAUCGCCGCGUUUAGUAUCGGUCUCGGGCCCAUCCCCUUCCUCCUCGUCAGCGAGAUGGUCCCCGCCAACUGUGUCCCGGCCCUCAGCAGCCUCGCCCUCAGCGCGAGUUGGAUCACGACGUUCAUCAUCGCACAGGGAUUCCUCCCGCUCCGCGACGCGCUGACGUACUAUGACCCGAAUGGACACCAGGAGGGCGAGGGCCGCGUGUUCUACGUGUUCGCCUUCAACCUCGCCGUCCUUUGCGUGCUCACCAUCAAGGGUGUCCCGAAGAGCCACACUACGCACCCGGAGUAG